GAGUGUGAAAUACGUGUUUAGAACCUCGUCAGAUUAAUUAAAUGGUUUAGUAUGUUUCUGGUAGUAGAAAUAGUCAAUGAUAAGGGCGAAAAGGAGUGGAAGGUAGCACCCAAACGAUGGGUGUACACUUUGAAGAACUCCCGGCGACCAGUUCUGUUUUGGCCGAAUGAAAUAAGCCCUGCGCGGCAAUAUCAACUCGCUAGAGAAAGAACAAGUAAGCCUACGAAUAGCUGGAGCCGGAAAGAAUGUAUAAUAAAACAUAAGUGCCUUACUUACGAAGCGGCAAGUGCAGUACUGGAAGUAUUAUUAGCCAACUCAUCGUUGAACGCUUCGAUGCCGUUGGGUAGUGGCGUACAGAGAAAUAGAAAAAUCCAUGUGAACAAACGACCAAACGAUCUGCUUGUGUUAGAGCAUCCUGAAACCGAGCAACUACCCGCAAUAAUGCAGCGAAACGCACAAUCAUAUCCGAAAAGUGAUGCUUCCACCCUCGCUGAUAUCAAAACAAUGAUCGAGUCAUUAAUGAAGAAAACUAAAUGCAUCGAGACACAAAAUGCCCGAAUCGAAAAACAAAACGCUAACAUUAUGGAGCGGAAUAGCCGUAUUCAGAACGAACACUCUGACUUGAUGAAGGAGCUAACUUUAAUAAAUAGAAGAUUCGAAUACCUAGUGUCGCACCAAAUAGAAAUCACAAAGAGUUCAGUUGAAAAUUCGUCAUUUCACAUUGAUCCUGUGGAAACAAUAGAACAGCUGGAUGAUCUUGAAAACAAGCUGAACGAUGAGACGUUCUUUUUUGAAAUGGUUGCAUGGUUGAAAUUGAACGUAGUAGGACUGAAUCCAGCCAAAAGGAUGUCUAGCUGCCUUGAUUUGCUCUUUUCACUUGAAAUGCAAGCCAAUUCGCUUUGGACUGGAACGACUCGAGAUGAAAUCGGCUGUAAGAAACCGGCUAUUAGAGACCGAAAUAACAUUGUAGAGGUAUUGAAAGCGGUUGGAGUAACCCCCUGGGAAAAGGUGAACGACAAGCACAUCGCCUGGUUUUUCCGAAGUAAACUUAAAUGUGCCAGACAGCGUCUGUUAAGCCAUAGAAAAUACAUCGGAUGUAACGGAUUAGUCAAUAAGCUUGAUGAUACUCAACAGUUAUCUGAAAACAAAGCGACGAACGACGUCGGUACAUCGAAUGCUGAACCACAUACCGAUGCGGAAUUGAUGGAGGACGAAUCGGAAAUACUAAUUAAUGUAGAAAUUAUAAAUUAGCACAGAUAUGGUAGUUUCAUGAUAAGUGUAUUAAAUA